AUGGGAGCCAAACAGAUGAAAUGCCUCUCUUCAGCCAGCCCUGCACAUUCCCCUAAAGAGGAGUAUGUUAUUACCCAAACCACAGACGAAUCUAAAGAACAGACGUCCUAUGAGGGCCAAAGAGAAGCUCCAGAGGACAUAUCUGAAAUGAGAGAAAAGAAGUCAGUUACAGAAGAGGUGGUUCUCUGUGGCUUGUGUCCGUCCCUGGGGCAGAAUGGGCAGGAUGGGCAAGAGGGGCAGGAGGAGGACAAGUCCUGGGUGGAGCAGCUGGACGCUCACCAGGAGCAGCUGGAGAAAGAGAUGCAUGAAGCGCGGAGAAUGGUGUUCCGCCUUCAGGCUCUGCUGCUUCACGGCUCACUACCUGAAGAGGACCAGGAGGGACCAGCGAGCUUUGGAGACAGCCGAGCCAAUACUGAACAGCAACUGGUUUUAAUCCGAAGCCGUUUGGACCAAAGCACAGAAGAGGCCCUUGAUCUUAAGAGGGAUCUUUUGAGACACAAACAGGAAGUGCGCCACGUUCAGGCCAUAAAGGAUGCUCUGCAGCAGCGGCUGGCAUUGCAGGAGGACACAGUGCUGCAGCUCAAGCAGGAGCUACUGAGGUGCAACAUGGCCAAAGAUCAGCUGGAAGGGGAAAAUGCAGAGCUCAAACACAAAUUGAGUGAACGCAGCAAAUUACUGGGCGAAUAUGAGCAGCAGAUCGGGAGGAAGGACCGAUUAAUGCAGCAACAGAAGCCUGAUGAAGUCUCUUAUAAAGCACAUGAAGUCAACCUUGGACGGGGGGAAGAACUGCAGCUUGUGAGAGAAGCUCUUCGCAGUUUGCGGGACAGUUUCUCGGGACAUGAUCCGCAGCAUCACACGUUGGACACUCUGGAGCAGGGCGUGGCCAGCCUCAUGGACCGUUUACACUCACUUGACAGCCAACUCAGACAGGACAAAGGAGAGGAUUUCAAAUCACCAGGACGUAGAGCCAACUCCACAGACCGUGAAUCCUGGCCACAAAGCUCAAAGAUGGCACACUCUCAAAGCAGCCCCGGGUUGGACACAGCCGUCUCCACCAAAGUGCUAUACUUUACUGAUCGCUCGCUCACUCCCUUUCUGAUUAAUAUCCCGAAAAGGCUGGGUGAGGUGACACUGAGGGACUUCAAGGCCGCUGUGGACCGACAAGGCAGUUUCAGAUACCACUUCAAAGCCCUUGACCCGGAGUUUGGCACCGUCAAAGAGGAGGUUUUUCAAGACGGAGCAAUUGUGCCUGGCUGGGAGGGGAAGAUUGUGGCGUGGGUUGAAGAAGACCAUGGAGAAAGGAGGUAG